UCGAUGGUCGCAGAGGAAGCUUCCAUCUUGAACAGAACGAUGGCGAGCGACUCUCCGGCGCGGAGUCUGGACGAGAUCGACCUGUCUGCUCUCCGGGACCCAGCUGGUAUCUUUGAGCUGGUCGAACUGGUUGGAAAUGGCACCUAUGGGCAGGUCUACAAGGGUCGCCAUGUCAAAACAGGACAGCUGGCUGCCAUCAAGGUCAUGGACGUCACAGGAGAUGAGGAGGAGGAGAUUAAAGCAGAGAUCAACAUGUUAAAGAAGUACAGCCACCACAGGAACAUCGCAACCUACUAUGGAGCCUUCGUCAAGAAAAACCCUCCUGGGAUGGACGACCAGCUUUGGCUGGUGAUGGAGUUCUGUGGGGCCGGCUCGAUUACGGAUCUGAUCAAGAACACCAAAGGGAACUCUCUGAAGGAGGAGUGGAUCGCAUACGUCUGCAGAGAGAUCCUCAGGGGUCUGACCCACCUCCACCAGCACAAGGUCAUCCACAGAGAUAUCAAGGGCCAGAAUGUGUUGCUGACGGAGAACGCAGAGGUUAAACUAGUGGACUUUGGUGUGAGCGCUCAGCUGGAUCGCACGGUGGGACGGAGGAACACGUUUAUCGGGACGCCGUACUGGAUGGCCCCCGAGGUCAUCGCCUGCGACGAAAACCCCGACGCCACGUAUGACUUCAAGAGUGAUCUGUGGUCGCUCGGUAUCACAGCUAUAGAGAUGGCAGAGGGAGCACCACCUCUGUGCGACAUGCAUCCAAUGAGAGCGCUCUUCCUCAUUCCCAGAAAUCCCGCCCCCAGACUCAAGUCUAAGAAGUGGUCUAAGAAGUUCCAGUCCUUCAUAGACAGCUGUCUGGUGAAGAGCCACAGUCAGAGGCCGAGCACCGAGCAGCUCCUGAAGCACCCGUUCAUCAGGGACCUCCCCAACGAGAGGCAGGUCCGCAUCCAGCUGAAGGACCACAUCGACCGCACCAAGAAGAGGAGGGGGGAGAGGGAUGAGACAGAGUACGAGUACAGCGGGAGUGAAGAGGAAGAUGAAGAGAGGGACGUUGGAGAUCCCAGCUCCAUCAUCAACAUCCCCGGUGAGUCCACCCUCCGGCGGGACUUCCUGCGCCUCCAGCUGGCCAACAAGGAGCGGUCGGAGCUGAUCCGGCGUCAGCAGCUGGAGCAGCAGCAGAACGAGGAGCACAAACGCCAACUGCUGGCUGAGAGGCAGAAACGCAUCGAGGAGCAGAAGGAGCAGAGGAGGCGGCUGGAGGAGCAACAGCGUCGUGAGCGUGAGAUGAGGAAGCAGCAGGAGCGGGAGCAGAGGAGGAGGUACGAGGAGAUGGAGCAGCUCCGCCGAGAGGAGGAGAGGAGGCAUGCAGAGAGAGAGCAGGAGUAUAUCCGUAGACAGCUGGAAGAAGAGCAGAGGCAGCUGGAGAUCCUGCAGCAGCAGCUCCUGCAGGAGCAGGCCUUACUGCUGAAUAGAUGUGUGGCCUCUGGGGAACAAAAAUUUCCACCUAUAAACAAGACUGAUAUAACUUUAAAGGAGUACAAGAGGAAGCAGAUCGAGGAGCAGCGGCAGGCCGAGCGGCUGCAGAGGCAGCUGCAGCAGGAGCGAGCGUACCUGGUGUCGCUGCAGCAGCAGCAGCAGCAGGAUCCGCCGCGGCCGCCGCAGGACAAGAAGCAGCUCUACCACUACAAGGACCAGGCGCCCAGCGGCAACGACAAGCCGGCCUGGGCCAAAGAGGUGAUGCGUCGAGCUCAGAGCAACUCGCCUCGCAUCCCGCCCAAGAAAUACCACUCCUUCAGGGAGACGCGAGACGUCAACCUCAGCAACCUCCUCUUGCUCCCCGGUUACAAACCUCGCCGCCGCCGCCCCCCCUCCUACCCGGCCCAUGUCAGUCCUUCUAGCAGUCGCAUGAACGUGCCUCACAUCCGCGUCACCUGUGUGCCCGACAGGAGCCCCGACAGGAGGCCCGGCUCCAGAGGACGGAGCCCCGCCCGCCGGGUGGAGGAGCAUUAUAAGAUGAACAGACAGACUUCUCCUGCAUUGCAGCACAAAGUCUCCAACCGGAUCUCGGACCCGUCGCUGCCGCCGCGCUCCGAGUCCUUCAGCAGCGGCGGCAUCCAGCAGGCCCGGACCCCGCCGAUGCACCGCUCCGUCGAACCACAGGUUCCUCAGAGGACGACCUCCAUCUCUCCCGCUUUGGUCAGGAAACACUCCCCCGGAAACGGACCGGGCCUCGGACCUCGAGCUGGAGCUCACCUCAUACGGGCCAGCAACCCCGACCUGCGGAGGACCGACUUUUCCAUUGAGACGCCCCUGAAGAGGGCGAGCAGCGGCAGCUCCUCCAGCUCCAGCAACCCGAGCUCCCAGGGAGGCUCCAACGAACGAGGUAAUUCAGCCGCUAAGACGACCGAAGGCUCGAUAAUUUCUUCCCACGAGACCAAAGAUGACGGCAGAGAGCUGACACGACCCAGCAGGCCUGCAAGCUAUAAGAAAGCUGUAGACGAGGACCUGACGGCUCUGGCCAAAGAGCUUCGAGAGCUCCGUCAGGGCGAGGAGACGAGCCGCCCGCCGGUCAAAGUGACCGACUACUCGUCGUCCAGCGAGGACUCCCACAGCAGCGAGGACGAGGAGGGAGAGGGCGGAGCUAAUGACGGGACGGUGGCCGUCAGCGACAUACCACGCAUCAUGCCAGCAGCGAGUCAAGGUGCCAACGAGCCCUUCGGCAUGAUGGGAGGCCACAACGACGGCCAUGACAACAUGUACGGAAACAGCUCCCAGGACGGCACCCUGAUGAUGCGUGAGUACGGGAUGGGAAGCAGCGGAGGCUCCAAGUCUUCCUUCACACCCUUCGUAGAUCCGAGGGUGUACGGGACCUCCCCGACCGACGACGAUGACAACAUAUCAGCCUCAGGGCUGUUUGCUGACGAGCUGAUGAAGCACGAGCACGAGCAGGAGCAGGCGAGACUCAACGAGGCCCGCAAGAUCUCCGUGGUCAACGUGAACCCGACCAACAUCAGACCGCACAGCGACACGCCGGAGAUCCGCAAAUACAAGAAACGCUUCAACUCUGAGAUCCUCUGUGCGGCUCUCUGGGGAGUGAAUCUGCUGGUGGGGACGGAGAACGGUCUGAUGCUGCUGGAUCGAAGCGGUCAGGGAAAAGUUUACAACCUGAUCAACCGGCGGCGCUUCCAGCAGAUGGACGUCCUGGAGGGACUCAACGUCCUCGUCACCAUCUCAGGGAAGAAGAACAAGCUGCGUGUUUACUACCUGUCCUGGCUGAGGAACAGGAUAUUACACAACGACCCCGAGGUGGAGAAGAAACAGGGUUGGAUCACUGUAGGGGAGCUGGAGGGCUGCGUGCACUACAAAGUCGUGAAGUACGAGAGGAUCAAAUUUUUGGUGAUUGCUCUAAAGAACGCCGUGGAGAUCUACGCCUGGGCGCCUAAACCGUACCACAAGUUUAUGGCCUUCAAGUCGUUCACCGACCUGCAGCAUCGCCCCCAGCUGGUCGACCUCACUGUGGAGGAGGGGCAGAGGUUAAAGGUCAUCUACGGCUCCAGUGUCGGCUUCCACGUCAUCGAUGUGGACUCCGGAAACCCCUACGACAUCUACAUCCCCUCACAUAUUCAGGGUCAGGUGACCCCGCACGCCAUCGUGGUGCUGCCCAAGACGGACGGCAUGGAGAUGCUGCUGUGCUACGAGGACGAGGGCGUCUACGUCAACACCUACGGACGCAUCACCAAAGACGUGGUGCUGCAGUGGGGCGAGAUGCCCACCUCCGUCGCCUACAUCCACUCCAACCAGAUCAUGGGCUGGGGAGAGAAGGCCAUUGAGAUCCGCUCCGUGGAGACGGGACACCUCGACGGAGUUUUCAUGCACAAGCGAGCUCAGCGACUGAAGUUCCUGUCGGAGAGGAACGACAAGGUUUUCUUCGCCUCGGUGCGUUCUGGAGGCAGCAGUCAAGUCUUCUUCAUGACCCUCAACAGAAGCUCCAUGAUGAACUGGUAACCUUUCUCCUCCGACCCGCAACCCUCCUCCUCUUCUUCUUCACUCUGAACAUCGCUGCGACAUCAGGAGAGAAGGAGGACAAUUUGUAUGUGUGUGUAUGUGUGUUUGUGGAGGAAAUCAACAAGCUGCUGAACGGACGAUUACCCCCCCCUUGUAGAGAAACCCUCCACCUGUAGGGGGCGCUGCAGGCCUCAUGGAUGAUGGUAUCACUGCCUCCGCCUUCCCUGUGGGAGUUGGAUUGGGCUGAUGGUUGUUCUCGAGGGUCUUGAUCCGGACUUUUAAAGGACACUGACAUCAUGCCGAGUAGCCUUUUCGACUUCCCCAUUUGACUGUAUGGGGAGAAGUUCUCUGUGUAGCACAUUCAUGAGUUCUUACCGGGUGUUCACACUGCGAGUACCAUACGUCGUUCGACUUCUGCAACCUCCAGUUCUGUUGAGCGAAGCCGAUGCGGAAGCGUUUUAAAACUUGCAUUCUCUCUCCUGUCCACCAGGGGGCGACUCCUCUGGUUGUAUAGAAGUCUAUGAGAAAAUGACUCUACUUCUCUCUUGAUUUAUUCCCUCAGUAAACAUUGUAAACAUGAGUUUAUGGUCUCAAUCUCUAGUUUCAAGUCUUCUUCAAUACAGCAUGAUGUUCAUUUAGUAAAUGAUGCUCCAUUUAGAGUCAAACAGACCAUAAAGCAGGGGAUGCUUUAGGGCGGGGCUACACACUGAUUGACAGGUCGACGUAUACGGCGUCUCUACGUCACUCCUCCUCAGUCCUUUUUCUAAGCUAAGUUUUUUCUACCAGUUUGGCCUUUGUGUCUACACUGACCUGUUUUUCUCUCCCCAAAAUGUUGAACUACUGUGGACGAGCAAGAAUUAGCUUAUCAGCCCGAAAAGAAACUGCUGAGCAGAUGUUUUGGAGACGUCAAGUAAAGUCUCCUUUGCUGUCUGUGAUAUCAGAUUGUUUUCGGCGACAAUCGUGAGAAAAACGUGGUGAAAAUCAUGUGUGAGGCCACUGACCAGAUGUGGAAUUCAGCUUAUAAACAUCAUGUUGUCGUUUUCAUCUAAACCACUCCAAUGGAUGUUUUCUAGACCAGUGGUUCUCAACCUUUUUUCAGUGAUGUACCCCUGUGAAAUAUUUUUUCAGCCAAGUACCCCCUAACCAGCUGAAAGCAUUUUUGGUUGAAAAAAAGAUGUAAUACACUGAUUUAUUAAACUAUCAACACUGAAGAUUGCAUCGUUGCAUUGAAUUCAGUUUAUGAACAAUUUUUAAAGGAUUUUUGAAUGGAUGCUAAUUUUAAAUAUAUUAAAAAAAAAUCUCACAUACCCCCUGGAGUACAUGUACCCCCAUUUGAGAUCCACUGUUCUAGACUAACAUCUUGUAGCAAAACCUUUCAGGGUGUCUUCUUUGUCGGAUGUUUUCUUCGUGAAGCAAAAAAUUACAUCAGAAUCCAUUGAAACCCAGAAAAGCUGCGCGUUGCUUCCCUGGUCGUUGCUCUCCAUCUGUAGUAAGUGAUUGGACUCGAUGACGGUGUUGCUCACAGUGUGAACACUCAUUCUGAGCACUGCUGCUGAAACAUACCACAUAAAAAGCAGUGUCACAGGAGGAAACUAGACAUUUUGUACCCGUCGUUGAGGAAGCUGCACGGUUGGAACUUUGUCCUGGUGUAUUUCUGGGAGGAGAAAGGAAGGUUGUAGAUAUUGUAUAAUUGCUGCAACAGCAACACAAUAACAGAAAAAAAAAAUAUCUUCACAUCGUUUCUCACGAGAAGAACUUGGCGUAGAGUAGUAGCCAAGCUUCAGAAACGUUUUUCUGCCCUUUGUUUGUUUCUCUCCACCUCUUUCUGUGUACGCUGCACCUGUGUAAAUACUCACUUUGAUGUUAAAGACGGACUUCGCAAAAGCAGGUGAGGACACUGAAGAAGAAAAAAAAUAAUAAUAACAGUCUCCUUUUUCUUUUUUUUAUUGUCAUGCUUCUUUAAAUCUAUCCGUUUCUUUUUUUUGUGACGAGCAAGAAGACUUACACAAAAGUUUGGUCAUCACUGUUUUCUUUAGUUGUGCAUUUUGCAUGGUGACAUACACCUUUUACCUGUCGUCACUUGUUAUGAAUUGUAAGUUUAAAGGCAAUACACGGGCUGGUCGGACUGUAGAAAGCUGCACGCUGAGAGUCAAACUUUCUACUCAAGUCCUGAGGCUGUUUUUUUGUUUUGUUUUUCUCACAACACUGAGCUGUAAAGUGAAAGAUUUUUUGAAAUUGUAAGAAUCAGCUUAGAAUGUGGGCUAAGAUUGUACACUGGAUAAUUACACGUUUAACAUUGAACCUAUAUUUUAGGCUUUUUUUUGUUGAUGCUCACACCCAGAGCACCUUAUAAGGACGGGCCCAGCAUCACUUACUGAUGGAGUUUUCUAUUUUUUUUUUUGACGGUUCGACAACAUUUGUGGGAUUGUGAUCCAGCUGCAAGAGAGGAAAGCUGUUCACCUUUUACUUGAUAUUUCUUUUCCAUAUUCGUUGAUCUUAAAGGGUGAGAUAGGUGCAAGCGAUGCCGCUUUGAGGCCAGCUGAAGCCUUUUACAUGAGCAGGAUGUUAGCAUUAAUCAGCACCCUGUGAAAAAAGGUCAGGAGGCAGGGUCGGCGUGGGAGACCGUAGAUUAAAAAAUAAAAUAAAAAAUAUAUAUACUGUAAGAAUUUUCGUUAUGAUAUCUUACUGAUCAUUUUAGAGAAAGACAAAAAAACAAACACUUAUUAAAGCUUAGUUGUCUUUCUACACAAUAGAGAACAUAGCUAUAAAGAAUUUCUAAAAAUAAAAAAAUACAAUGUUUUUAUUGUGGUAUUAUUUGUAUUUGUAUUUCAAUUUUUGUACGUAUCAAGACUGUGAACGUAUGUGCGGCUGCCAGCCUUCGAGUGUGCGUGCGUGUGUGUGUGGGUGUGUGGGUGUGUGUGAGCAGGUGUGUGCACAGGUGUGCGACAUGCAUGUGAGUGUAUGUUUUCACCUUGUCUGAAUCACUGGAAUCAGUCAAAAGACGACCUCAAUCUGGUGACACACAUCUGUGAUGUUGGAAAACUCUACAAAUAAAUGUCCUCUCCUUGUA